AACAGCCCGACAGCUGUUUCUCUCUCACGAUACACUAAAGUGCAUAUCCCACGAUGUCAAGAACUGCAGCACUAUCCUCAUUUGUUGAAAGUGCGCCUCCUGGCGAGCUCACGGAUGUCACCAAAGCGAUAAAGUCCAUUCUCGGCGACGACUCUCUCCACAGCGAGCUCACACCCGCCUUCGAGAAAUACAACGAAUCCCAAUUCGCAACCGUGAAACUCCCCGGCGGCAGCACCGAGGUCCUCGUCAGCGAACACAACAGACUAGGCGACGGCCGGUACUACGAUGUCGAGAGCCAGAGCUCGUUCGAAUUCGACCACAGCACGCAGAGAGCCAGCAAUGUGCAAUCUUAUGUGCUAGACUCCAACCACGCAGACCUCGUGAAGAGCCUUGUCAAAUCCCUCAGCAACCACACAUCCGAGCACUACCCCAAGUCCAGCCUUGGAGUCUACCCCAUCGAAGAUGACACGCAACUCGCCAUCCUCACUGUCGCGAACAAGUACUCCCCCUCCAACUUUUGGAACGGCCGCUGGCGCUCCUCGUACAUCUAUGACCCGUCCUCAGGCUCCCUCACAGGCAGCAUCAAGGUCGACGUGCACUACUACGAGGAUGGCAACGUGCGGUUGCUGACGAAUAAGAAUGUCUCCGCGAGCCUAGGGGCCAAUGCCACUGCGACUGAGAUUGUGAGGCAGAUUGCCGUGGCAGAGAAGAAAUAUCAGGAAGACUUGAACAAGGCGUUUGCGAGCUUGAGUGAAGGGGCUUUCAAGGCGUUGAGGAGACAGCUACCGAUUACGAGGCAGAAGAUUGAGUGGGAGAAGAUUUCGGGUUAUCGGGUUGGGCAAGAUAUCGGAGGUGGACGGUCGCGGUAGAGCAUGGUGCCAGUUUAGUCGCGUUUUGAUAUCACGAGAUGACGAGUAUCAUGAUAGAUCUUGUUUUGGCGCAAUGAAGCGAUCAUAUAUACCAAGACUUGAAUCAUUACAGCCGAAGCGUUUACCACAAUGUCUUCUUCUGAGCUGAACAGUCCUCACUACCAUGCGGGUAGGUCCGAAAGGCGAGCUUUGUGUUCGCGGAUGAAGUCUAGUCAAUUCGGUAUCCUGUCGCACACCAGUAGCAGAUAUGGCGACAAACAUAGGCGGUAAACGUAGGAAGAGUCGGCGAGCGGAGUUGUGUUUUGCCCAGGUCAGCUGCGGGC